AUGGCAGCUUCUGGAGCCUUCGCCACGUCUCCCUGGCUCCCCAAACAGGGAGUGAAAGUCCGUGUGCCUGUCGCCAGGGAUUCAGGUAUUUACCUGCAAGUCAUUCGUAUCCAGAGCAGCCCUGUCUCCCACCUUGGUGGUGACCUACUGGGAUCAGCUUUAUUUCUUGGAGGCAAUGAAGUGAAGAGCCGAGCUGUGGUGAAAUACUCUUCUGCCCCUCCUCGAACAGCAUUUGCACGCCUGGAAGAGAAAACAGACUUGAAACUCCCACCUGCCAACUGGUUACGAGAGAGUGCCAAAUUGGGGCCAGCAGGAACUACCAUUCUUGGCAGUACUAAGAAAAGCAAGCCAUUUUCAAGUUUUGGCAUGGCAUAUGACUUCAUUGAUUCGGUGGGAAAUGAUGUGGAUGUUGUCUCUGACUCUGAAAACAUAAAAAAGCUCCUGAAGAUUCCCUACAGCAAGUCCCAUGUAAGCAUGGCAGUACACCGCAUAGGAAGGACUCUCUUAUUAGAUGAGCUGGAUAUUCAAGAGCUCUUUAUGCGAUCAUCUCAGACUGGUGAUUGGACCUGGUUGAAAGAGUUUUAUCAAAGACUAAUUGAUCAGAAAUGGCAGAGGAAGAAAAAGAGCAAAGAGCACUGGUAUCAGAAGGCUAUUCUUUCCAAGUUUUUAUAUUACAGUAUCAAUGGUGAUGGAACUGCUCAGCCUGUCCCACCUGCUGCAGAACAGCAGGAAUCGUCCAGUUCAGAUCAGACGAAUGACUCAGAAGGGGCUUCGUGGCCUGCCCCCUUUGAAAUGCCGUCUUCAGUUCCUGAAGACCCCAGUGCUUCUAGUCAGGGAAGUGAGCCUCUUGAACCCUCAUACAUAGUGGGGCAUGUGGCCUCAGCACCCAAAGAACAAAACCUGACUACUUUAUUCAAUGACGGGGAGAACAGUCAGGGUCUUAAAAAUGAUUUUGUUCGGAAUAUUUUGUGGACAUUUGAAGAUAUCCAUAUGUUGGUCGGCUCCAACAUGCCUAUAUUUGGAGGAGGCAGAUAUCCAGCAGUCAGCUUACGUCUCAGGGAUAACAACAAACCAAUUAAUGUGCUAACUGGAAUUGACUAUUGGUUGGACAACUUGAUAUGCAAUGUACCAGAGCUUGUGAUGUGUUUUCAUGUAAAUGGAAUUGUACAGAAAUAUGAAAUGAUAAAGACAGAAGAGAUUCCUAAUCUGGAAAAUUCUAAUUUUUCUACUAAAGUCAUAAAAGACAUUGCACAGAAUAUCUUAUCAUUUCUGAAAUCCAAUUGUACCAAAGAAGGACAUACCUAUUGGCUUUUUAAAGCAAGUGGCAGUGACAUAGUGAAGCUCUAUGAUCUCACUACUCUUUGUGAAGAAACUGAAGACAAAUACCAAAACCCAUUCACAAUGCCAGUGGCCAUUCUCUUAUAUAAGGUUGCUUGCAACAUGAUGAUGAAGAAGAAUCAAAAUAAGAAACACUAUGGGACUAUUAGAACUUUGCUUCUUAAUUGUGUUAAAUUGUUGGACAAAAGCAGGCAUCCUCAAAUUAUUGCUUCAGCCAAUUACAUGCUUUCAGAACUUUUCCAAUUGGAUGAGCCUAAAAAAGAAGAAAGUUCAGAAUCUCCUUUAAAUGAGAAUUCUGAUGAAAGUUACAGUGAAGAGGAGGAGGAGAUGCCAGACAGCGAUGAAAAUGGAUCCUACAGCACCAGCUCUGAUCCGUCAGAUGAUAACAAAGCAGUAGCUAUAAUUAAGUCUGUUGGAGAAUUGUCGGUACCAGAAAAAUACAAAUCCAUUCAUCAAAUCAGACCCAGUUGUGCAUUUCCAGUCUGUCAUGACACAGAAGAGCGCUGUAGACUUGUACUUAGCUAUGUUCUGGAGGGCUUAAAAUCUGUAGAUAGCAGCAUCAAAAAAGAAAGCGAUCUUCCUGCAGCUGACCCCAGCACCCCAAUCCCGUUAAAAUAUGAAGAUGAAUCCACAAGGGGGGGUCCCGAGGGGCUAGAGAAGCAGAUGGCCUUGUUUUUGGACAAAAUGGGCUCCCUUCAGAAGGGUAAUUAUUCCAGUCAAUCUGGAAUGAUCCCUGGUUCUUGGCAACAUAAAAUGAAACUUCAGCUGAUUCUCAAGUCAUCAAAGGCCUAUUACGUCUUGUCUGAUGCUGCCAUGAGUCUUCAGAAAUAUGGAAGAGCAUUACGAUACAUUAAAUUAGCCUUACAGAGCCAUGAUACUUACUGCUGCCUCUGCACCAACAUGCUUUCUGAAGUGCUGCUGUUCCUUUCUCAGUAUUUGACACUCUGUGGAGAUAUCCAACUAAUGCUGGCCCAGAAUGCAAAUAAUAGAGCAGCACACCUGGAAGAGUUUAAUUAUCAAACAAAAGAAGACCAGGAGAUCCUACACAGUCUUCACAGAGAGUCCAGUUGUCAAGGAUUUGCAUGGGCAACUGAUUUGUCUACAGACUUAGAAAGUCAACUUUCAGUUAGUUGUAAAUGUUAUGAGGCUGCUAAUGAAAUCUUGCAAUUUAGUGAUUUAAAAAGCCAAAAUCCAGAACACUACAUACAAGUACUGAAAAGAAUGGGUAACAUUAGAAAUGAAAUCGGUGUGUUUUAUAUGAAUCAGGCCGCUGCAUUACAGAGUGAGAGAACAGUGAGCAAAUCUGUGUCUGCUGCAGAGCAACAGUUAUGGAAAAAAAGCUUUUCUUGUUUUGAAAAGGGAAUUCACAACUUCGAGUCAAUUGAUGAUGCUACAAAUGCUGCCCUUUUAUUAUGUAACACGGGGAGACUUAUGCGAAUUUGUGCACAGGCGCACUGUGGUGCUGGUGAUGAAUUUAAACGUGAAUUUUCACCAGAAGAAGGCUUGUAUUAUAAUAAGGCUGUUGAUUACUAUUUGAAAGCUCUAAGGUCAUUGGGAACACGGGACAUACACCCUGCUGUUUGGGAUUCAGUGAAUUGGGAAUUGUCCACUACUUACUUUACUAUGGCAACUCUACAGCAAGAUUAUGCUCCAUUAUCUAGAAAAGCUCAGGAGCAGAUCGAAAAAGAAGUCAGUGAGGCUAUGAUGAAGUCUCUGAAAUACUGCGAUGUUGAUUCAGUAUCUGUUCGACAGCCUCUUUGUCAAUAUCGAGCUGCAACCAUCCAUCACAGGCUGGCUUCCAUGUACCACAGCUGUCUGAGGAAUCAGGUAUUGUUCCAGUUUAAGUUCAGUGCCAAUUUAGGCCAGAAUAGCAAUGUUGGAAAAUUGAAAACACUAUCAGGGGCUCUUGAUAUAAUGACGAGAACUGAACAUGCAUUCCAGCUCAUCCGGAAGGAACUUGUAGAGGAAUUUGACCAGCAUAAGACUGGUGAGACUGCUGCAGCUGCUGAUUCUUCUGGUCUUAAUCGAGAAGAAGUGAUAAAACUCCUCAGUAUAUUUGAGUCUCGGUUGUCAUUUCUUCUCCUUCAGUCCAUCAAACUCCUUUCUUCAACUAAAAAGAAAACAAGCAGUAACAUUGAAGAAGACGUAGUCCUCAAAACCAACAAGCAGAUUUACUCCCAGCUUUUGAGAGCGACUGCGAACAAAAGUGCAGCGCUUUUGGAAAGAGUCGAUGUCAUCAUCCGUUUGCUGGACCAGCUUGCUCCCGGCAGCGGGGCAAGUGGUGGCGCCGUGCAGUGACUUGUGCACACACCUGUGUCUGCAGACGCACUGUUGGUGCCCUCUGAACAUGGGAGCUGGUGUGUCCAUUUGGUGCUUCGUGUCAUUAAAUGUGAGGGAAAUGUCCACUUAAAAUAGGUGCAGCAGUGGAAGUACGGGGUUAUCCUUGCCCACAACAGAUAAAUUAUGGUUGAGUUCUUUGGCUUCAUUUGAAGUGCUGAAAUCCGUCAAACUUAAAGCUUCCAGCAUGUUUCUUUGAGAAGUACAUAGUACGGCAGUAUUAAUAGACUUGCUGUGAUGCAGUUACACUUCUAAAUAUUUUUGAAGUAUGUUAAGCUACACGGGUUUAAGAUGCGAUUAUUUUGGAUAAAAUGUUACUUUCGUCAAGAGAAGUUUUAUCCAAAUGAUUUUAUAGUUCAAGUGGGUUUAAGAAAUUUCUAGUACAUCUACAACGUCUCCUACAUUGCACAGAAAAAAAGCGUGCCCUUUUUAAGCUUCAGUGCAGGAUUUUCAAAGACUAGCCAUUGUGCAGUUCUCUGUAUUUAAUGCACGUUCUGAAGGGACUCACUUUUCUUUGACUUUAUAUGAUAGUUGGUCAAGAAUAGGUACUACCCUUUUUUUCAUUUUAAACUUGAAAAUGUGAAUAAGGCAAGGAAACUAUUUUGAAUAAAUUAUUUAUUUUUAAAAAUGUCUUUGUAUUUUUCCAUUUUGCAUUUUUCACACCGAGUUUUGAUUUGAACUCAGUUUAAUUAAUAAACUUUACAAAGUAAGGAUCAAAACAUUAAAA